AUGGCGUCCACAAGCUACAUCUGCCUCAAUUGCAGGCGGGCGCCCCGAUACAGAUUAAACCAGCUCCAACUCCGCAGUUUCUCCCUUUCCCCGCGCCACCACCAAAUCCUCCGACCAGCAACGGCCCCAAAGCAAACACCGGACGUCAAGCACAUCCGCCAGAAUGUAGAGCGUUACGCUCAAAACUGCGUUGACCGAAACUACGCCGGCCACACAGGGUACCCCUCGCAAAUUGCGGCUCUCUCGGAAGAAGCGCGCCAGCUAAACUUCGACCUGAAAACGCCCCGAUCCCGCGCUAAACAGCUCGAGAAGACCAUCGCAAAGCUCUCAAUCGCAGCCCGCGCCACAGAAACUAACAAUGCGCCCACGGACACACAAGAUCAAGAAAUCGCAGCUCUAAAAGCCGAAGCACAACGUCUUAAAGAUGAGUCCGCAGCCAUGACAACCCGCAAAUCAACCUGCACCGAAGAAAUCAACCGCCUCGCUCUCUCCCUCCCGAACCUCUCCUCCCCCGAAACACCAAUCGGCGAGACUCCCCGUCUAAUAAACUACCUAAACUUCGAUCCCGCAAACCCGCCAACCUGGACAAAAAACUCUCCAGCCGACCUCCAGUCCCGCUCGCACGUCACAAUCGGCACAAACCUUGGCCUACUGGAUUUCACCAGCUCAGCCACGACAACAGGAUGGGGCUGGUAUUUCCUCAUAAAUGAAGGCGCAAUGCUCGAACAAGCACUAGUGCAAUACGCACUAAGCGUCGCACGCCGUCGAGCCUGGAAAGCAGUUUCCCCACCCUCAAUCGUAUACUCCUACAUCGCCGAUGCGUGCGGCUUCCAGCCCCGCGACCAGCACAACGAGCAGCAGAUUUGGGCUAUCGAGCAAAACGAACGUGACCGCGAUAGUAAGCCCCAGCGCUCGUUGACGGGGACGGCGGAGAUACCACUGGCAGCUAUGUAUGCGGGCCGCGAUAUCCCGGCUACAGAAUUACCGUUGAAGCUUGCUGGUUCUAGUAGGUGUUAUCGAGCGGAGGCUGGCUCGCGUGGCGUGGAUACCAAGGGAUUGUAUCGUGUGCAUGAGUUUACGAAGGUGGAAUUGUUUGCUUGGGCGGAUAAUGUUGAGUCUACGGCUACUCCUACGUCAGAUGAUCUGUUCGCAGAGCUAUUGGAUAUCCAGACGGAUAUUUUGACUUCCCUUCAUCUUCCUUGUCGGGUGCUUGAAAUGCCUACGGGUGAUCUUGGUGCGAGCGCGACAAGAAAACGGGAUAUUGAGGCUUUGUUCCCGUCCAGACUUCGUCCGGUGCCGGCGUCCGGUGCUGCUGUUGAUCCUGCAAUCCAGGAGCUUGAGUCAGCUUGGGGUGAGGUUACGUCUGCUUCUAUUUGUACGGACUAUCAGAGCAGACGGCUUGGGACGAAGGUCCGAGGUGGUGCGGUGAAGGAGUCGCGAUUCCCGCAUACUGUCAAUGGUACGGCGAUGGCUGUGCCGCGUGUGUUAGCCUGUAUUUUGGAGAACAGGUUUGAUCCUGAGCGGGGUGUGGUUGUUAUACCGGAGGUGUUGCGGCCGUGGAUGGAUGGUAUGGAGACGAUUGGGGGUAAACAGUAG